CUCUCACCGAGAAAAGUAAAUAAGACCCUCCAAGAAUUUUGCAGUCGCUCCACCUCAACAACUGCGCGAGGGGCGUGGCUAUAAUUAGGGGCGGGGAUAGGCAAAUGUUGCCCUAUGAGGCGAGGGAAUGAGACUAGGCUGUGAGUUGGGGAUAGGGUUUCUCUUUGGGGGAGUGGCUUAUGGAUCCUCGUUUUCCCGCCGACGGUUGGCCAUGUCACGUGACAUGGGUUGGAAGAUGGCGUCUCCCACAGACGGGACAGAUUUGGAAGCAUCUUUGCUAAGUUUUGAAAAACUUGACCGUGCCUCACCAGAUCUUUGGCCAGAACAAUUACCAGGUGUUGCUGAAUUUGCGGCUUCCUUCAAAAGUCCUAUUACUAGUUCUCCACCCAAAUGGAUGGCCGAGAUAGAACGUGAUGACAUCGACAUGUUGAAAGAACUGGGGAGUCUCACCACGGCUAAUUUGAUGGAGAAGGUACGAGGCCUACAGAACCUAGCCUAUCAGCUGGGGCUGGAUGAGUGUAUGUCUUAGUAGCAUGAAAAUGGAUAAAUUCAUUCUUUUGCAUGUGGAUAACCAGUUUUCUUAGCAUCAUUUGUUGAAAAGACUAUCCUUUUUCUAUUGAAUUGUCUUGAUAUCCUUGUCAAAAAUCAGUUGGCAGCCGGGCAUGGUAGCUCACACCUGUAAUCCCAGCACUUUGGGAGACCAAGGUGGGAGAAUUGCUGGAACCCAGGAGUUUGAGACCAGCCUGGGCAACAAAGUGAGACUCCAUCGCUACAAAAAUAAAAAUAAAAAUUAGCCAGAUGUGGUGCUGCGCACCCAUAGUCUCACCUACUCAGGAGGCUGAGCCUGGGAGGUCAAGGCUUCAGUGAACCAUGAUCACACCACUGCACUCCAGCCUGGGCUACAGAGCAAGACCCUGCCUCAAAACAAAACAAUGAGUUGGCCAUAAAUGUGAAGGUUUACUUCUAGACUCUCAGUUAUAUUCCAUUGAUUUACAUCUCUAUCCUUUUGCCAGUAAUUCACUUUCUUGCUUACUGUAGCUUUGUGUAGUAAGUUUGAAAAUUGGGAUAUGUGACCUUCGAACAUCAACAAUGUUUUGUGGUAUUCAAAGUAUAAAUAUUAUACUUUAUUUAUUAAAUUUAUUCCUAAGUACUUUAUUUGUUUUGAUGCUAUUAUAAAUGGAAUUGUUUUCUUAAUUUCAUUUUCAGUUUGCUCAUUGCUACUAUUGAGAAAUAGAAUUUAUUUUUGUAUAUUGAUCUUGUAUCCUGCAACUUUGUGAACUUGUUUCUUAGUAAUAAUAAUGUUUUAAUAGAUUAUUUAUAAUUUUCUAUAUACAGAAUUGUCAUUUGUGAAUAGAGAUAGCUUUACUUCUUCAUUUCCAUUCUGAUUGCCUUUAAAUUAAUUCUUUUGCCUAAUUGGCCUGCUAGAAAUUCCAGUACAGUGUUGAAUAGAUGUGGCAGGAGUGGACAUCCUUGACUUUUCCUGAUCUUUGGGAGAAAGGGUUAAGUAAAGUGUUAGCUGUGGGUUUUUUGUAGAUGUACUUUAAUGUAAAUAAGGUGACACCAAAUAUAUUACCCUCUAAAAAAGCUUUGAGGAAUUUAGCCUACUUCGAUAUAAGUAGUUGCUUCUGCUGAUUAAUCAUAUAAUUCUACAUGUUCAUGUAGCAGUUUAUUGGGACUGUCAUUUGGCUGAAUUUAAUCACUGUUGUUUUUUAAAAGCAAUAUUUCAUUGUAAAAAGAUUGAGAGGGAUGCCAAGGGGGGAUGAUUUUUUGAAGCCAAGAGUUUGGAACCAGCCUGGGCAACAAAAACAAGACCCCAUCUCUGAAUAAAAAGAUUAAGGCUGGUGUGAUGACUCAAGCUUGUAAUCCUAGCACUUUGGGAGGCUGAGGCAGGCGGAUCAUCUGAGGUUAGGAGUUUGGGACUAGCCUGGCUAUUAUGGUGAAACCUUGUGUCUACCAAAUACAAAAAUUAGCCGGGCAUAUGGCUGUAGUCCCAGAUACUCAGGAGGCUGAGGCAGGAGAAUCGCUUGAACCCAGGAGGCAGAGGUUGCAGUGAGCCAAGGUUGUACACACUGCACUCCAGCCUGGGCGACAGAUCGAGACACCUCUCAAAAAAAAAGAGAGAGAGAGAGAAAAGAAAAACAUUAAGAUGUCCCCAUUGAAAAUUUAAUACUCUAUCCCAUUAUUCUACAUUGCUGAAGUUGUCUGUACAGCUUUACUAUUUGGUACUUUCUUUGAUUGUGAUAACCAAGAAAAACUGCUUUCAAAAAGCAGAAGUUUCCACAGCACUAGCCUGUGGUAUACUAGACUUCUCUACCCUCUGGGCACGUGAUUUUGAAAAAAGUGACCAUUUACAUUUAGAAUUUGUUUCUCAUCUAGAUAAAAUUCUAAACAGUUAGCUCUUUUGAUUUGUAAUUUUAAUAUAUAGAGCAGGGAAGGGAGAGUAUAACUGUGAUUCUUACACCUUUUUUUUUUGGAGACAAGGGUGUCUGUUGCCCAGGCUAGAGUGCAGUGGUGCAGUCAUAGCUUACUGCAACCUUGACCUCCCAGGUUCUAGCAAUUCUCCCAUCUCAGCCUCUGAAGGAGUUGGAACCACAGGAGAGUGCCACCAUGCCUGACUGAUUUAUUUUUUAUUUUGUAGAAGUGGGGUCUCCUAUGUUGCCUAGGCUGACCUCAUCCACUUGGGCUCAAGCAGUCCUCCUGCCUUGGCCUCCCAAAGCACUGGGAUUAUAGGUGUGAGCCACCAUGCCCUGCCCCUGGGUAUUUUGUGUGUGUGUGUGCCGGGGGAGCUGACAUCAGAAUUAUUUGUCUGGCUUCUGUUAUUAGGCCUGUUAAGUUCUACCUCUCAUAGAGUUAAAUUAAUAGCCCUUGACUGAGGAGAAACAUUAUCUAGCCUUUAACCUCUAGAUGGCAGCAUGAGUCUUUCUGUACUACUAACAGAAAGACUACCCACAUCUCUUGAACUGGAUUUUUAAUCUACAUAAAAACUUCUUGUGAUUUUUACAAGACUACUUGCCUGACUUUGUUGAUCCCUUGUUGAUUUUUAUUUUUAGCUUUUUUUAUUUUUAAUCUCUUUGUCUUUUUUUUUUUGGAGACAGGGCUUCACUCUGUUGCCCAGGCUGGAGUACAGUGGUGCAACCUUGGCUUAUUGUAACCUCUGCCUCCAGUUCAAGUGAUUCUCCCACUUAGUAGAAAAAAGUUCCAAAAAUGUGGUUAAUUCAGUAGCUUUUAUAUCUGCAUACAAGAUCCUAAAAAUGGGUUAAGUUCUCUUAUCUCAAUUAUUUCCUUUGCUAGUGGUUUAUCUUGUAUUCUUGGACUUGGUUGGUUUUCAUGUGAUAUCAGGCACUACUCUGUUACAUUAAACAGGAAUGUUAGCUAAAAUUAAUGAAACUACUUGAACUAAUUAUUCCUUCAAGAAAAAUUUGUUUUAAAAUAAAGCUUUCAAAUAUUUAGCCAUUUUAAAUGAUAAUAGCCAAAGAAUGAAGUGUUCUGUUCAGCAACUUCAUACAAGGCUAUGUAGGGGAUAGGAAGAUAAUUACUGCCCAUGUGUAGGUUAAAAUGUAGUAAGAAAGGAAGAUAAGACAAUUAAGUUAAUGAUUCUUAAAAAUAUAUAGAGGAGAAAAGCUCUAUAAGAGUACAAAGAACUAUAUGGAUGGGGGAGAAGAGGGCAAUUGCAUCAAGAUUGCUACAGGAAUGGCAGAUAAGUUUCAUUUUCUAUGUCAACAGGAAUUAAUUAGUAAGGCCUGCCUAGGACCAUUGAAUUGAGAAGGAUUUUGAGAAGGAGCCUAGAUUCAGAGGAGAAGGCAACUACUGAUGUCUGUUAUGGAAAGGGGAAAUGAGUGUGGUAAUAUUUGCAAUUUCUGGAACAUUGAAAAUAAACUUGGCAAGGUGUGGUGGCUCACGCCUGUAAUCCCAGCACUUUGGAAGGCCGAGAUGCGUGAUCACUGAGGCCAGGUGUUCGAGACCAGCCUGGCCAACAUGGUGAAACCCCACCUCUACUAAAAAUACAGACAUUAGCCAGGCGUGGUAGCAGGCACCUGUAAUCCCAGUUACUUGGGAGCCUGAGGCAGGAGAAUUGUUUCAACCCAGGAGGUGGAGGUUGCCGAGAUUGCGCCACUGUACUCCAGCCUGGGUGACAGAACAAGACUCUGUCUCAAAAGAAAAAAGGAAGGAAGGAAGGAAAGAAACCCUUAAAGAACACAGAGAUGGGUAGAAAUGAAAAGAGAGUAUAUUCUAGGGGGAGUGAAUAUUAAGGGUUUGAAAGCAACAGCUAUGCUCAAGGAACAGUGUGAAUGGUUGAAUCUAGACCCCAGGUUAUAUUAGGGCUCAUAAUAACUAAGACUAGGAAGAAGAUAGAGGGACCAGACUGAGGAGGCUCUUGAACUACAGGGGACAAGAAGUUAUACUCAGUGGCAGUAGGGAGCAUGUGAAAUAUUCUUUAAAAAGUAUCUUAAUGCUAUCAUAUUAACUGUGUGCAUUAGAGAUGGUUUAGGAAGACACUUUACUAGAAGAGAUUUUACUACAAUUUUUUUUAUUGUAAAAAUAAAGAAGAAAGUAAAAAAAAAAAAAAAAAAAGAAAAUUACCACAAACCAUAGCCUUACCACUCAUGUACCAUGUACACAGAAAUGCCUUUUUUUUUUUUUUAAAAUAAAGACAGGGUCACCCUCUGUCACCCAGGCUGGAGUGCAGUGGUGCGAUCUUGGCUCAUUGCAACCUCUGCCUCUUGGGCACAAGCCAUCCCCCCACCUCGGCUUCCCAAGUAGCUGGGACUACAGGUGUGAGCCACAGUGCCAGGCCAGAAAUGCUUUUUUAAUGUAAUUGAGAUUAUCGUGUGUGUGUGUAGUUUUAACUUGUGCUUUAAAAUUUUUUAUUCUGUCUUAAGCAUUUUUCUGUGUCAUUAAAAGUUCUACCACUAAAGAUUUUUGAAUAGGAAAGAUACACACCUUUAGGAGGCAUUGGUGCAUAGGAUAGAGUAGGAUAGUAGAGACUGGAGGCAGAAAGUUACAAUGGGAAUCCAUGAUGAAGGAUUGAGAGCUUGAAUGGAUGGUGGCAGUGAGAAUGGGAGGAAGUACAUUGACAAUAGAUUUUUCAGAUUUGGAAUUUUCAAGAGUAGGCAAAUGUCUGGAUGGGGAUAUUACGGGAUUAGCUGAAAUUAGAGCUUAACAUUAUGUUUUAGCCUAAUUAAUGACAGGGAAGUCAGAAGGAGCCUAGAUGCCUGCUUAACAACAACAAAAAUCACAUAAAUCUUUUACAUGCUCCUGUGUAGGCAGGCAUCUUUAUUUUCUUAGACAUAAGUAAAUAUCAUUUGUAGAGGUUAGUGUUGUUAAUAAGAUGUCUAGUUCAGUGAUAUUACCUAGGCAACAGAUAAUGUUUUAGAUAGUGAAUGGUGAGUUAUUUGAUCUCAAAGAGAUCAAUAGGAGAAAGUAGGAUUCCAUAUAAUUCUGCAGAAAGUAUGAUAAAUAUGAAAACUUACCCUUCAGUAUUUUAUUUUUAAAAAUGUUUUAGGGUAAUAGGAUAUUCACAACUUCAGAAAUUGAUUUGUGAAGUCCCUAUUUUUUUUGGCUGGUCAUUAGGCUAAGUAGAAUGACUGACUUUUGUAUAGUUUUCUUUCACAGGAGUGCUUUUUUAUUCAGGUACCUACCUAUGAACUUUUCCUGGACUUUCCUAUACAUUUAGGAAGUUAUUAUGGUCCUUGCAUACGUAGAUAUCCAGUUUUUUGUUAACUGUAAAAAAGUUUCAGGAGUUUAAAUCUGAAGUAACAGGAAUUGGUCCAAAAUAUUUGCUGUUGCUCAUGUUUUAAGUAAGUGACAGUGGAUUAUAUCAGCACUGGGAUAACUCCUGCUUGGUGUUAUGACUGCAGUUUACAUGCCACUGGAGAUUAGUGAUUGAGAGGGAAACAGAGUGCCAAAGUGUCUUCCAAAAAGGUACUUUGCACCCCAUAUCCUUGCUAAUAACAAGUAUUAUAAUUUAAAAAAUCAUUGCCAACUUGAUAGGGAAAAUAUUAAUGUCUUGUUUUAAUGUUCAUUUCUUCUAUUGUGAAGGUGAACUCUUUUUUCAUGUUUCCUGAUCCUAUCGGUUGACAAGGGCUGGAAGUUCAAGAAAGUAUAAAUUUAAAUUAUUUUAACCUGAAAAAGCCAGGGAACUUGAUUCAAAAGCACCCUAAAGACUGUGUUGAAAUCUGCAUAUCUCAAAUACCAAUUGAGCCUUAUCCUUGUUUUCUUUUUUUAUGCAUGUUACAGCAUAAAAUAUAGAAACUCCACUUUGAAGGGAUCAUGGUUAUUCUUCAUAAUUAGAAAUUGUCAAUUUAGACUUAAGUAUUUUAUUGUUAAAAAUGUUUUAUGGUAAUGGGAAAUAAAUCAUGCCAUUAUUUCUCAUUUUUCUCUUGGUUAACAAAUUAGGAUAUACAAAUCCUCAAAUUACCUUUAAGGCUUGUAAACAUUCAUAUCUUUUAUCCAUUACUCAAGUUAUUGCAUAAACCCAACAUUGCCUCUAAAAUGGCUUUACACACAAAGAGGAUUUUACCAUAAAAUGCUGUGGUGUUUUAUUCUCUUUUUUUUUUUUUUGUAGGGGGAGGGGAGAGGAGAGCAGGCAGAGUAUAAAUUAAUUUGGGUGGUGUUGGUUUUAAAGUAGGAUUCCAUAUAAUUCUGCAGAAAGUAUGAUAAACAAGAAAAUGGGCCAGACACAGUGGCUCAUGUAGUAAUCCCAGCACUUUGGGAGGCUAAGGCGGGUGGAUCACCUGAGGUCAGGAGUUUGAGACCACCCUGGCCAACAUGGUGAAACCCUGUCUCUACUAAAAAUAUAAAAAUUAACUGGGUGUGGUGGCACAUGCCUAUGGUCCCAGCUAGUGGGAAGGCUGAGGCAUGAGAGUCUCUUAAACCCAGGAGGUAGAGGUUGCAGUGAGCUGAGAUCAUGCAACUGCACUCUAGCCUAGGAGACAGAGUGAGACUCUGUCUCAAAAGAUAAAAAAUAAAAAAAGUACAUAGUAAAACAAAGUCCAGCCUUUGGGAAAUACCAGGUGAAUUAUAGUGUUACCCAGACAGUAGGACACAAUGUAGUCAUUAAAAAGCAUUAAAGGUGCUGGGCAUGGUGGCUCAUGCCUAUAAUCCCAGCACUUCAGGAAGCGGAGGCAGGCGGAUCACUGGAGAUCAGGAGUUCAAGAUCAGCCUGGCCAAUCGGGUGAAACCCCAUCUCUACUAAAAAUACAAAAAUUAGUCAUGUGUAGUGGCUGAUGCCUGUAAUCCCAGCUAUUCUGGAGGUUGAAGCAGGAGAAUCACUUGAACCCAGGAGGUGGAGCUUGCAGUGAGCUGCCGAGAUUGUGCCACUGUACUCCAGCCUGGGUGGCAGAGUAAGACUAUGUCUCUUUAAAAAAAACAAAAAAAAAAAGCAAGCAUUAAAGGGCAUUUCAUGACAGAAAAGUACUCAUUAUAUCUAAGGAUAAUAGCAAGUGACAAAAUAACAGCACAUAAAAUUUUACAGCAGAUGUUUUUUUUCUUUUGAGUGCAUGGACAUAGACAAAUAUCUGGAAGGAAAUACACCAGUAUGUUUUUCUUGUUUUGUUUUUUGUUUUUUGUUUUUUUUUUUUUAAUUUUUUAUUGGAUUUUAGGUUUUGGGGUACAUGAGCAGAGCAUGCAAGACAGUUGCGUAGGAACACACAUGGCAGUGUGCUUUUCUUUCCUUCUUCCCUUCACCCACAUUUGGCAUUUCUCCCCAGGCUAUCCCUCCCCACCUCCCCCUCCCACUGGCCCUCCCCUUUUCCCCCCAAUAGACCCCAGUGUUUAGUACUCCCCUUUCUGUGUCCAUGUGUUCUCAUUUUUCAUCACCCGCCUAUGAGUGAGAAUAUGCGGUGUUUCAUUUUUUGUUCUUGUGUCAGUUUGCUGAGGAUGACGUUCUCCAGAUUCAUCCAUUUCCCUACAAACGACACAAACUCAUCAUUUCUGAUUGCUGCAUAAUAUUCCAUGGUGUAUAUGUGCCACAUUUUUCCAAUCCAGUCUAUUAUCAAUGGGCAUUUUGGUUGAUUCCAGGUCUUUGCUAUUGUAAACAGUGCUGCAAUGAACAUUCGUGUACAUGUGUCCUUAUAGUAGAACGAUUUAUAGUCUUUUGGAUAUAUACCCAGUAAUGGGAUUGCUGGGUCAAAUGGAAUUUCUAUUUCUAAGGCCUUGAGGAAUCGCCACACUGUCUUCCACAAUGGUUGAACUAAUUUACACUCCCACCAACAGUGUAAAAGUGUUCCUUUUUCUCCACAUCCUCUCCAGCAUCUGUUGUCUCCAGAUUUUUUAAUGAUCGCCAUUCUAACUGGUGUGAGAUGGUAUCUCAAUGUGGUUUUGAUUUGCAUCUCUCUGAUGACCAGUGACGAUGAGCAUUUUUUCAUAUAUGUCUUCUUUCGUAAAGUGUCUGUUCAUAUCCUUUGCCCACUUUUGAAUGGGCUUGUUUGUUUUUUUCCUGUAAAUCCGUUUGAGUUCUUUGUAAAUUCUGGAUAUCAGCCCUUUGUCAGAUGGGUAAACUGCAAAAAUUUUUUCCCAUUCUGUUGGUUGCCGAUCCACUCUAGUGACUGUUUCUUUUGCCGUGCAGAAGCUGUGGAGUUUCAUUAGGUCCCAUUUGUCUAUUUUUGUUUUUGUUUUUUGUUUUUUUGAGACGGAGUUUCGCUGUCGUUACCGAGACUGGAAUGCAAUGGCACGAUCUCAACUCACCACAACCUCUGCCUCCUGGGUUCAAGCAAUUCUCCUGCCUCAGCCUCCUGAGUAGCUGGGACUACAGGCACGCACCACCAUGGCCAGCUAAUUUUUGUAUUUUUAGUAGAGACGGGGUUUCACCUUGUUCACCAGGAUGGUCUUGAUCUCUUGACCUUGUGAUCCACCCGCCUCAGCCUCCCAAAGUGCUGGGUUUAUAGGCGUGAGCCACCGCGCCCGCCCCACCAGUAUGUUUUAAUGGCUAUCUUGAGUGGUUUUUAAAUUUUUCUGAAUUUUCCAUAUUAUCAACAAUAAACACAUUCUAGUCUGUUGAAUAGGAAAAAUGCUACUUAAAAAAAUAAGGAAAAGUAUGCCAUUUUAGAAACAGAAUUUUACUUGAAUCUCCAAAUUUUCUAGGCAGUUAAAGUUUUGAGCUCUUCUGUGAAUUGUUUCUAAAUAAAAAUGAGUAGAUCCAUUAACAACAAUUGAUCAGUUUAUGCAAGUGAUAAAUAGCAAGUUGAAAGUUAAUGAUACCUCAUUUCCCAUACUUAGGACAUCCUUGCAGAAGUAGUAAUUGGGGGAAAAAUAAAUGGUAGGCUGUUGGGUCAUGGAUAAGAGAUUAUUUAGUUGGCCAGAGAAGCAUAUUUUCUUAAGCAAAUGUUGGCCAAGAUGUUACUUUAUGUUUUCAGGCUAUCUUCACAGUAGUUGGAGAACUGAACUCUUAGUAUUAACUCUGGGAAUUAUACCGUAGCCUACUCAAUAGGAGCAAAGUAUCCUACUAAGUAGGAGCAAGAACCAUUUGGAAUGUCUGUCAGUCUUACAUAGAACUGCAGCUAUUUGAGAGUUGAAAUGGCCCUGGAUAUUUGUUUUGUUUUGUUUUGUUUUUGGCUUCAAAAAUAGUUUUAGUAGAACAAAGAGGUGAUAAGAACUGAGUGAUUACAAAAGUGUUCAUAGGAGUUCAAAUUCUUUCCAGGCUUUGGGUUUAAGAAUGACUGUUUCUGCCUGUGAGGAAAUAAAUUGGCAUUUUUCUGUUUUCGUUUGUUUUUAGUUAUUGAUGUUCUAGAAAUUUCAACAAAAUAAGGAGUGUUUUUUGUAUUUCAAAUGUAGUACCUGUUUAUUUUUUUCUGGUUCUUUCCACUGGUUUGUGUUGGUAAUGUGAUCUGGAAGGGUAGAGAUAAUGCAUGGGAAUUUGUAAAUGAUCACAAAGUACUUUGUCAUAGGAAAUCUAGAGAAAUGAUGACUUUGGCAUAUGUAUAAGAGAAGUAUCUCUAAAUGUUAAGUCUAAACUAAAAGGUUGGCGCUUUGCUUUUACUUUCAGUUUGGUAUAACCAAAAAAAUAUAUACAAUAAAAUGGAAGGAAUGAUUUGUUUUCUUUGGUGUAGUUGUUAUAUUUGAUUGACUCUAUUAUAGGAGGACACAUUUAAGACCAAAUGGUUGGAUAAUGGUAAAGAAGUCCUUUGAGAGGAGAGUUUAAUCUGAUAGGUAGAAUUUUUGGUUAUAGAGAGAAAGAGAGUUGGGCAAGCUGAGAAUUCCUGUAGUCCCAACUACUGGGGAGGCUGAAGUGAGAAGAUCACCUGAGCCCAAGAGUUUGAGACUGCAGUGAGCUAUGAUCAUGCCACUGUGUUCCAGACUGGAUGACAAGAAUGAGACCUUCUCUCAAUCAAUCAAUCAAUCAAUCAAUUGAAAAAAAAGGGGAAGGCGCUAAAAUGAGAAUUCUGAUUCAGAAUUUAAAAAUAUUCUGUCCCGGCCGGGCGCGGUGGCUCAUGCCUGUAAUCCCAGCACUUUGGGAGGCCGAGGUGGGUGGAUCACGAGGUCAAGAAAUCGAGACCAUACUGGUCAGCAUGGUGAAACCCCGUCUCUACUAAAAAUACAAAAAAUUAGCUGGGCACGGUGGCGCGUCCCUGUAAUCCCAGCUACUCAGGAGGCUGAGGCAGGAGAAUUGCCUGAACCCAGGAGGCGGAGGUUGCGGUGAGCCGAGAUCACGCCAUUGCACUCCAGCCUGGGUAAACAAGAGCGAAACUCCGUCUCAAAAAAAAAAAAAAAUUCUGUCCCAUCAUUUUUUGUUCUUUAAUAAGGUUUAACAUGGAAGUAUAAUGUAUAUAAAGAAAAGUGUACAAAUUUUAAUGUGAAGUUCAAUGAAUUUUCAUAAAAUUAAUACUCCUCUGUAACCACUGCACCAAACAGAUCAAGAUAUAGAACGUUGCACCUCAUGCUGUGGCUCAUGCCUGUAAUCCCAGCAUUUUGGGAGGCUGAGACUAGUGGAUCACUUGAGCUCAGGAGUUCCAGACCAGCCCUGGGCAAUGUGGCAAAAUGUGGUCUCUACAAAACAUACAAAAAUUAGCUAGGCCUGCUAGUGCACACCUGUAGUUUUAGCUACUUGGGAGGCUGAGGUGGGAGGAUCACCUGAACUUGGUCAGUCAAGGUUGCAGUGAGCCAAGAUCACACCAUUGUACUUCAGCCGAAGUGAUAAAUACAAAAUGUCCUUUGUGCUCCUUCUAGUCCCUACUUGCCCCUUCCUUUCAAAGAUAAGCGUUACUGUGACUUAUACUAUCAUAGAAUAAUUUUGCUUAUCUUUGAACUUUAUAUAAAUGGAAUAACAAAUCACAUCCUCUUUUGUGUCUGACUUUUGAUCAGCGUUUAAAUUAUGACAUCAGCCAUAUCAUUUUGGUUGUUUCCCAUUGCUAUAUGGUAUUUCAUUGUAAGAAGUUACCACAAUUUAUUUCCUCAUUCUACUAAUGAUGGACAUUUGGACUAUUUCCAGCUUUUGGCUAUUACAAAUAAAUACUGUUGGUAUUUUUGAUAUAUGUCUUUCUUUUGGUACAUGCAUUUUCAUUGGAUAUAUAACUAGGAAAUGGAAUUGCUAGAUUGUAGGGGUAUGUGUAUAUUUAGCUUUACUAGGUACUUCCAAAUAUUAAUAGUUUACCAAAGUGGUUAUAUCAAUUUAUAAGCCUAUCAGGAAUUUCAGUUGCUCCAAAUCCCUACCAACAGGUAUCUUCUCAGUCUUUUAACUUCUAGCCAUUCUAGUAAAUGGUAUCUUAAUGUGGUUUUAAUUUGUAUUUCUUUAAUAGCUAAUGAGGUUGAGCAGCUUUUCAUAUGUUUAUUGGCCAUUUGGAUAACAUAUUUUGUGAAGUUCUUAUUUGCAUCUCUUACCCAUCACCCAUCUUUAAAAACUGGAUUAUCAUUCUUUUUUUUUUUGAGAUAAAAGUUUCACUCUUGUCGCUCAGGCUGGGGUGCAAUGGCACAAUGUCAGCUCACUGCAACCUCUGCCUCCCUGGUUCAAGUGAUUCUUCUGCCUCAACCCCAAGUAGCUGGGAUUACAGAUGCAUGCCACCAUGUGCGGCUAAUUUUUGUAUUUUUAGUAGAGAUGGGGUUUCACUAUGUUGGCCAGGCUGGUCUUGAACUCAUGACCUCAGGUGAUCCGCCUGCCUCAGCCUCCCAAAGUGCUGGGAUUACAGGGAUGAGCCACUGCACCUGGCCUGGAUUAUCAGUCUGUAAAAAAAAACAAUUUGUAAGUAUUGUUUUCUUUUUUCUUUUUUUUUCAUCUCCUUGUGAAUGCAUAAAACUGAAUGGUAAGUAUUGUUUAUAUAUUCUGGAUGUGCACCUUUGUCAGUUACAUAAAUUGCAAAUACUCUACUUUGUAGCUUCUCUUUUUAUUUUCUUAAUGGUAUGUUUUAAUGAACCAAAGAGCUUUUUCCCCCAACUUUUUAUUUGUUGAAAUUUGAAUCUUUAAAACAGUUUCUGCCAGGAGUGAUGGCUUGCACCUAUAAUCCCAACACUUUGGGAUGCCAAGGUGGGUGGAUCACCUAAGGUCAAGAGUUCGAGACCAGCCUGACCAAUAUGGUGAAACCCCAUCUCUACUAAAAAUACAAAAAUUAGCCAGGCAUGGUGGCAUGCACCUGUAGUCCCGGCUAUUUGGGAGGCUGAGACAGGAGAAUUGCUUGAACCCGUAAGGUAGAGGUUAUAGUUAGCUGAGAUCGCACCACUGCACUCCAGCCUGGGCAACAGAGUGAGACUCUGUCUCCAAAAAAAAAAGGUUCAAGCCAGGUGUAGUGGUGGGCACCUGUAGUCUCAGCUACUCUGGAUGCUGAGGUGGGAGGAUCACUUGAGCCCAGGAGUUUGAGUCCAGCCUAGGCAACAUAUAGGGAGAUCCUGUCUCAAGAAAAAAAAAAAAAAAAGCUUAAAACCAUUCUUCCCCCCAAAAAAGCCUAUGUAGUAGGCACAGCUGUUUCUAAAAAUAAGCUAUACAGGGUAGAUUUUCCACUUGGAGUCACAUUGUAAGUUCUGUAAGCACAGCAUUGAUCUAAAUCAUUAUAGCCCAACUGAAAUCGGUGGCUCUGGUAUAAUUCCCAGAGGUUUCCCCAACCUCACCCAAACAACUUUUCUCUAUUCAGCAAUUCUCCAUUGCUUAGAUCUGCUGUUUCUAUUCUGUAUUACUGAUUCAUUCUAUAUAUAUCUUUUUAUAUUUUUUUUUGGAAACCGAGUCUUGCUCUGUCGCUCAGGCUGGAGUGCAGUGGUGCAAUCUCGGCUUACUGCAACCUCCAUCUCCCAGGUUCAAGCAAUUCUCCUGCCUCAGUCUCCCGAGUAGCUGGGAUUACAGUUACCAGCCACCAUGCCCAGCUAAUUUUGGUAUUUUUAGUAGAGAUGGAGUUUCACCAUGUUGGCCAGACUGGUCUUGAACUCCUGACCUCAGGUGAUCCGCCUGCCUCGGCCUCUUAAAGUGCUUGGAAAACAGGCAUGAGCCACCAUGCCUGGCCUUACUCUGUAUUUCUUAUACCACUAGCCAUAAUGAUUUUCAUGUAUGUACAAAAAGAUGUCAUCUGUUGAUUUAAUAAUUAAGUGAGGCAAGUUUUAAUGACUAAUGUAAGACUAAAAUUUUCCUUAUUUGUUCCUUUCCAAUUCUAAGAUAUUUUAAUGCAUCAACUGAAUAGUGAAGUCAUUAUUGCAAGUUCUUUUAUCACAUAGUGCCUAAGUUAGUCAGCAAAUAAUUAAAAAUGCUUUGGUUUGUCCAGGAAGAUGGUUUUCUAAAAAUUUUCAAAUCACGAUGGUAAUACAUUUAAAAAUGUAUCUCAACAAGGUUGUCGGAAAACUUAUAAAUCAAAUAAAAAACCAGUCAGUUAAGGAAAAGAGGAAAACACACCUUCACUUUCUUUUUUCUCUGGAGAUGGAGUCUCACUCUAUUGCCCAGGCUGGAGUGCAGUCAGUCUCAGCUCACUGCAACCUCCACUUCCCAGGUUCAAGCGAUUCUCCUGCCUCAGUCUCCUGAGUAGCUGGGAUUACAGGUGUUUACCACCACACUGGCUGAUUUUUGUAUUUUUAGUAGAGAUGGGGUUUCACUAUGUUGGUCAGGCUGGUCUCAAACACACCUUCACUUUCUCCACUGGAAUUUUUGUUUACCAUGUAACCAUUAACAAUAUUCUCAUACUCCUAUGGAAGAGAAGAGGUUGAGGAAGAAAAGAAUUCACACUAGUAAUUUAGUAUUUUAUUUCUGAGAGGCUACAGCUUUGACAUUAUUAUAGCCCAAAUUAAAAGAGCAGGAGAUAAGAUCUUGUUCCUGUGACAAAUUAAAAAAAACAAACAAAAAAAAAAAAAACAGGAGUGGCAUUAACCAAAAAGGAUUAUAUUGCUAAACUGAACUAUAGUAAAAUUUAAAACUUCUGUUCAAAUCGGAAAAAUUUUAUUAUGGAUUGAAAAUCAGAUAAUUGUAUUAAGUUUUUUUAGUUUGUUAAUUAUAUUGUAGAUAUGUAAGAGAAUACCUUGUUCUUAGGAGAAUAUCUUAUUCUAAGGAGAUAAUGCUGAAGUAUUUAGGGAUGAAGUAUCAUGGUGUCUGCAGCUAGCUGUUGAACAGUUCAGGAAUAAAACAACAAAACUUAUAAGUAGAGACAUAAGCAAGUGUCUGAUAAAUGUUAACAGUUGGUGAACAGGUGAAGCAUAUAUGAGUAUUCAUUGUAGUAUUCUUGAAACUUUUUAAGGUUUAAAAAUGUAUUAAACAUUACCAUCGUGAUUUGAAAAUUUUUGGAAAACCACUUCUAUUUUAAAAUAUGUUAUAUUUUAGGCUCUAGAAAACUUCACUGUACACUUGUGAGAGAAUGAGUGAAAAGAACAUGUUAGUAUUAUACAAAUAGUUUUGACCUGUCCUGGCAUGGUAGCUCACACCUGUAAUCCCAGCACUUUGGGAGGCCCAGCUGGGCAGGUUACUUGAGGUCAGGAGUUCAAGAUCAGUCUUACCAAUGUGGUAAAACCCCAUCUCUACUAAAAAUAUAAAAAUUAGCUGGUCCUGGUGGUGGGCGCCUGUAAUCCCAGCUACUCAGGAGGCUCAGGCAGGAGAAUUGCUUGAACCUGGGAGGCACAGGUUGUAGUAAACCAAGAUCAUGCCCUACUGUACUCCAGUGUGGGUGACAGAGUGAGACUCUGUCUCAAGAAAAAAAUAAAGUUUUGACCUAGUGGACCCCAAAAAGAGGUAUGUAGAGUGCAGGAUCUGCAGCUGUUCCCUCACCACAGUUUGAGAUUUGUUGCCUUAGAGUAUUAUUUUGAUGAUUUGAUAUAGUCUUAUUUAUAAAACUCCUAGUACACUGUCUGGAUCUUAAUAAGUGCUUAGAAACUACUAACUGUUGUUAUUCUUAUAAGUAGCAUAUGAGAAAUUUUAAGCACAGUAGACAUCUGAUCAUAUUUACAGUCUUAGGUCAUUUUACCAACAUGAUAGAAGGUAGAUUGGUGAGGAAUGAAAAUAGCAACAGGGAGAUGAGUUAGAUUCCUUAGUAAGCUGUCUAAAAUGGUAAGCCCUUGAACUAAGACAGCAGAAGUAGAAUUGGAGAAUUGAAGGAUGGGUUCUAUAAAUCCUGGAAGAAGAAUGGAAAGUCUUACUGACUGAUUGGAUAUAUUGGGGUUGGGAAGUCCUGGGCAGCAAGAAUGAGGAACGAAGAACAAUUCUUAGGUUUCUAGCUUAGGUAUAUGUAGGAAGAAGAAGACCUUUGAAAAGAAAGAUUAGGGAGUUCAGUUAUAAGUGUAUCUGUAGGCUACCUAGGUGGAAAUAAAUAUCUAAGACAAUUGAAUAGAUACUAGAUCACAGGGAAUUUGGAUCCUUGAUCCAUAGGUUUUAGUUAAAGCCAUAGAUAAGAGAAGCCAGAAGGAUGUGUAACAUUAAAUAUAGAACUGUGGUGUGGUAGGCACCCUCUAAAAUGGUCCCCAAUGAUCCCUGCUACUAGCGUGCCCUUUAAUUUUCUCUUGAGUGUGGGCUGGACCUAAUGAUAGCAAAAGUAGAAGUGGAAGGCCACUUCUGAGAUUAAGUUACCAAAAGACCAUGUCUUCUGUUCUCCCCUUUAUCCCCCAGAAAAGCAAAUUGCCAUAUUGUAAGUAUAAAGAAAACUGGCCUGGAUUUUAAAAGAUCCUGGUUAUUGGAAGUAGAUCUGUUCUACUUACUGACUUGAUAAAUAACCUCUCUCUGGGCUUCAUUUUCCUUUUCUGUGAAAUCAGCAUAAUAAUAAUACCUCUCAAUGAGUUGUUGAGAGAAUUAAAUUGGAUGAUUAUUAUAAAAUACUUAGCAUGAAUCUUCAUGAUUUUAGAUUUGGCCAUGGAUUUUUAUUUUUAUUUUCUUACAAGAUGAUCAUGAACUUUAUUCAUUUCCAAUUGUAAUGUUCAGAUAUGUAACUGGAAUCAAAAAGAAUUGAGCUAGGUUUCUGGAAAUAAAAUAAAUAGACCAACUAAAUUCUAUAUACAAGACAAAUUGAUAAAAAGAAAUUAAAAAUACCACCUAAGAUGUCAGACAAUAAUAAAGAUGAAGUACUGGAAAUACAUCUACAGAAUGAUGUAUAUAAGACCUCUAUAGUUAAAUAAUAACACUUCAUGGAGAGCCUUUGUAAAACACCAAAUAAGUGAAUAUGAAUAAAUACUAUAAGUAGAUUAGAAAGCUCAGUAUUUUAAUGAUUUAAAUUUCUCCCAAAAACAUUGUGGAUUUAAUAUAAUUCCAUUUACAAUCUCCCAAAAUUUUAUUAAACUUAUAAAAAAGCAAAGAGCCAGUAAAAGCUAAGAGGCUCCUGGGUAGGUGCAGUGGCUCACGACUGUAAUCCUAGCCCUUUGGAAGGCCAACGUGGAAGGAUCGCUUGAGCUCAGGAGUUUGAGACCAUCCUGGGCAGCAUGGUGAAACCCCAUCUCUGCAAAAAAUACAAAAGUUAGCCGGCUGUAGCGAUGUGCACUUAUAAUCCCGGCUACUUGCAGGGUAGGGGGCUGAGGUGGGAGACUCACUUGAGCCUCAGAGAUGGAGGUUGCAGUGAGCCAAGAUUUCAUUACUGCACUCCAGCCUGGGUGACAGAGCAAGACUGUCUGAAACAAGGCCAAAAAAAAAAAAAAAGCUGAGAGGUUCUUGAUAAGUAAGUGACCGUGAAUUUAGAUGUUCAGAUAUGUAACUGGAAUGUUUAGAUAUGACACCAAAAACACAAACAACAAAAGAAAACACAGGUAUGUUGAACUUCAUUAAAAGUAAAAACUUUUGUGUGUCCAAGGACAUUAUCAAUAAAGCAAAAAGACAGAAUGGGAGAAAAAUUUUGCAAAUUAUAUUUCUGAUAAGGGUCUACCAGAAUAAAUAAAGAAAUCUUAGAACUCAACAAUAAAAAGGCAGCUCAAUUAAGAAAUGAGCAAAGGACUUGAAUAGACAUUGCUCCAAAGAAGGAAUACAAAUGGCUAACAAACACAUGCAAAGAUGCUCAACAUCAGUAGUCGUUAGGGAAAUCCAAAUCAAAACCACAGUGUAAUACCA